AUGGACACUUCCAUAGGUUAUGAAAUAUCAUUUGGAGGUAAGGUUAUUGUUUUUGGUGGUGCUUUUAGACAAAUUCUUCCUGUUGUCCCCAAUGGUGGAAGACAAGAGAUAGUGAAUGCCUCGCUAUGUUCGUCAUAUUUGUGGAGUAAAUGCAAGUUGCUAAGGCUAAAAAAAAACAUGAGAUUAACCAUUGGACGCUCUACAUCUGAUAUUGAAGAUAUCAAUAAUUUUGCCAAGUGGCUUUUGGAUUUGGGUGAGGGAAAUAACUACAACAACCAUAACUACUUUAGCAAGAGGGCUAUACUUGCGCCUAAGAACGAGGUUGUGCAUGAGAUAAAUGACAGGUUGUUAGCGUUAUUCCCAGGCGAAGAAAGAGAGUAUUUAAGCUCUGAUAGUCUUUGUCAGACUGAGAAUCCUAAUUCAACACAGCUAAAACUAUACUCACCAGAUGUGUUGAAUGGUCUUAAAGUAUCAGGUUUGCCUAAUCACAGGUUAGUACUCAAAGUUGGUGUGCCAAUAAUGCUAUUACGUAACAUUGACCAACAAAAUGGUUUAUGCAACGAUACGAGGUUACAGAUAAAAAGAUUAUACAACCGUGUCAUAGAAGCAGAAAUCAUAUCUGGAGGAAAUAUCGGCACUCGCACCUACAUACCGAGACUUAAUUUGAUACCUUCAGACAAAAAGAUUCCUUUUGCGUUUCAAAGGAGGCAAUUUCCGAUAGCUGUGUGUUUUGCGAUGACAAUCAACAAAAGUCAAGGGCAGUUGCUAUCAAGGGUUGGUCUGUACUUGAGACAACCUGUUUUUACGCAUGGUCAGUUGUCUGUGGCUUUAUCAAGGGUAAAAUCCAGAGACGGAGUCAAAUUGCUUAUAUUAGACAAGGACGGCAAACCUACCGAUAAAACAUCAAAUGUCGUUUAUAAGGAAGUGUUUAACAAAUUGUGA